AAAAUUCUACAAAAAAAAGAAAUCAAGUAAAGUAUAAUAAUAAUUAAUAAAUAUUAUAUAGUUUUUCGUUCGAGAAAUAAUAGUCGAUAAGUUAGGAAGUAGUCUUAUCGAAUAUUUUUCGUGUGCGCGAGUAAGAACGAUGACGUAUCAAGAUGGCCGACCUCAACAAAGAAUUAAACGAAUAUCUUCUCAGUAACAAAAAUGAGAAACAGUUUAAAAUCUCUGUACCCUCCGUAACGUUACCGAAGCCGAACAUUGGGAAAUGGCUUGGAAGAAACGCAGAUGAAACGAAGGAAGAAACGGGAUGGAUUCAAGGAACACAAAAAGAAUGUUGUCCUAGUAUGACGAAAAUGCAAAGACUGAUGGGCUUUAUCUUUUGCUUUUUUAUGGAAUUAUUAUGCUUUUGUCUUUCGGCCAUGUAUAUCCCUUUACUUCUUACAAAAGCAAGAAAAUUUGCUUUGUUAUAUACUUUAGGAAGUUCAUUCUUUUUAUUAAGUUUCUGCUUUUUGUGGGGUCCGAUAAAUUAUCUAAAAUCUCUAUUCACAGCUGAAAGAAGAUGUUUUACGAUAUCUUAUUUUGUAACAUUGAUAGGCACAUUGUAUUUUGCACUCCACUUACAAUCAACACCAUUAACAGUACUUUGUGCUGCUUUACAAAUAGUUGCUAUGUUAUCAUUCUUUGUAUCAGGUAUUCCAGGUGGAACUACAGGCCUAAUGUUUUUUACCAGAAUGUUCAAGUCAUCUGUAAAUUCUUCUUUACCUGUAUGAUAUUAUUAUAUUUUAGGUAUCAAAAACUACAUAUUUAUAAUAUAAAGAAAUUUUUCUCUAAAA